CAACAUCCUGCAUAUAUACACAGAACACUCGCAGCCGUAGACCAAAGCACCUGUUUCGUGCAAGUACGGUCUCAGCUAUUUCUAUUGAUUCAAACUCUGACCUUUGAAGUUUGAGCUCUGCCAGCUACAACCACCAUGGUUAGAUGUGAGUGACAGGUGAACUGAUGCGGAAACAUUUUUAAGCACAAAGCUGUAACUCUUUCUGAUCAGAUGUCAAAGGAAACAUGUCAACAGAAAGCUGGAUCAUUUCUUGGUAAUACUGGGUUCGGCCUGAUGUUAAUUUAGAUUAUUUGCACAUUCUGUAAGUUCUCCAACUUCCUCGCUGCUCAUCUGAAACCAUGGCUGGAGGUUUCCUGGCAAUCGUUGUCUUUGCUGUUGCUGCAGUGAUGGCUAGUUUGCCUGGGACGUUUGCUGCUUUCUAUGGGGCGAAUUACUGGAAUGACCGCUACAAGGAAUUCGGCAUCGACUAUGAAACCGGUAGUGCGAUGUUCAAUGGCCUUUGGUCAGAUCAGCCCAACCUCAAAGGUGGUUACGGACGGCCCAACACAGACUACAGCUCAAGAGUCUGUGACUGUGUUUGUGAUGAGAAAGAGAAAACUGCGGACUGCAGAACGCAGACAGUCGUAAUUCUGAAGAAUAUGAACUUUGAUAACAUUACUGCGGAGAUGUUCAACCCAGAAACCACAGAUAUAACCAUUGUUGGAGGUCCUAAACAUCUUGAGAGAAAUGCAUUCGGCCUUCUCACUAAGCUCACAGAAUUGACAAUACACAACACGGACAUAUCAACCUUUCCUGACCUGUCAAACUGCACAAGUUUGGAGCAGCUGGAUCUGACAAGGAACAAGAUUAACCUGUCUCCGUCCACCUACAAAACCAUUACAUUUGCCAAAACGCUGAAAAGAGUGAGCCUGAUGGAGAACACCAUUAACUGGCUUCCCUCUGGAUUCUUUGCCAACACCAACAUUCAGUACCUUGGUCUGAGCAUGAAUAAGCUGGCCACGUUUCCCAGCGAUUCCCUCCAGAACAUGAAGAACCUAACCUUCUUGUCUCUGGACCUCAACAAGCUCACCUCGGUCUCCAAACGCAAUCUCUUACCCCUAGCGUCCUCUGUGAUUCAACAUCUUAAUCUAAGCAACAACCAGAUAAAUUAUGUUGCACCAAAAGCCCUCAGACAGCUGCAACACCUGAAGAUUCUAGAGUUGCAUCGGAAUGCUCUGGAUGAUCUGCCCCCUCAAACCAUGGACAGGAUCCCUCAACUGUUACACUUGGAUUUGAGCUACAACAGGCUUCAAAUUUUAAAAGCCAAAUCGGUGACGGAUCUGCCAUUUCUGAGGACACUCAUCUUGCAUAAUCAGCAGGAUUUGAAGUUGGCCAGCAUUCAGUACAAUGCUUUCCUUGGUAUUGGAGGCAACCUUACAGAGUUAUAUGUCAGUUCUAAUGCACUGCCCUACUUCCCUCAUGCUGUCCUGUCUGAAGAGACAUACGAUCAGCUGGCAGACCUGCACAUAGACAAUAAUUUGAUCACCAACGUCACAGAAUUACAUGUCAACCAGUUUGUCAAUGCCCUGACCCUGUACAACUACCGGCUGACGAUACAUGAACCGUUCGCAAAGAUUCCCAACCUGAAGAAGCUAUUCCUGCACAUGAACAAAAUCAAGGGGGUUAAUGCUGAAGACCUGUGCAAUAUGACUGUCCUUGAGGAACUGAACCUAAACAACAAUCACCUCAGAGAUGAGACACUGGAUCAGAGUGCCUUCCAGUGUCUGACCUUUCUGACAAGACUGGAAAUGAGCAACAACUACUUCAUGUAUGUUCCACCUGCUGUGCAGCUGCAAGAAAGAGUCCAGAGCCUUCGAUAUUUGUAUCUCUCUGGAAACGACUUGACUUUUUUACUGGCUGGGGCAUUUUCCAAUGUAACAACUCUAAGAGGUCUUUAUCUGUCAAGUAAUCACAUCAUUUCUGUGGAAAAUGAUGCCUUCCCUGUUGAUAUAUCCCACAUUGGCCUUAGUAGUAACGAGUUUUACUUCCUGCAUGAGAACCCAUUCAGUAAUUUGACCUCACUGAAUUGGCUUCAGCUGGGGAGUAAUGAGAUUGAUGUCAUACCAGACUCGGCAUUUGAUGGCUGCACAUCUCUUGCAAACCUUGGUCUCAGCAGCAAUAAAAUUGGUCGAAUUCUCAAAACGACAUUUGAGGAUUGUCCACUGUCCAGUGGUCUAAAUCUAGCCUACAAUGAGAUAGCAUACAUCGAGGAUGGUUCCCUGGCUCAUAUAACGUCAACACUCAGUAUUAGUCUGCAGAACAACCGACUGACCAAGAUUCCUAUGGGAGGAGAUUUUGUCAAUCUUUCAAUCACGUGGGAGCUGGAUCUCAGAGGCAACAGCAUAACUGAAAUCAAGACAGGUGCUUUCCAGAAUCUUGCUGCUAGAAAUCUAUACUUGCAAAACAAUGACAUUGCACACAUUGAGCCCUAUGCAUUUGAUGAUAUCACAUUGUCGGGAUCGACUACCUCCUCUCUUACAUUGGACAACAACCCCCUACAGACACUAAGCUCACAUUCCUUCCAUGACAUCACCUGCAGGAACUUUAACAUGCUCUCAGUGGGUGUGACUACCAUUCCGUCUUUUGCAUUCAAUGGGAUCACAGCAUACCACUUCUCAAUGCAGUCCAAUUCUGUGCAAGUUGUCGAGGAGGAAUCGUUUAAUGUCAAUGUCUUUGAAGAGUUGCACUUGGAGAAUAACAAGAUCUAUGACAUUAGAGGCAAGAUGUUUGCAGACGGCACCACUGUAGACACCUUGUGGUUGCAGAACAACGAGGUUGUAUCACUUCCUGGUGACGCAUUUGAUGGGGCAUCCAUAACUACACUGUCUUUGGAUAACAAUGCACUGAUCACGUACCCAGCCAAGGCCCUCUCUAGUCAGAAUCUGGCUGAAGUCCAUCUGAAUGACAACCAGAUUGCAACUCUACCCCCUGAUGCAUUUGAGGGGCAGAGCAGCAUGGAGUUACUGAACUUACAGAAUAACAGGCUGAGUGAGAUUCCACCUGGAAUCCUAGCACCUUUGACUAACUUGGAAAAACUAGAUCUGUCAGGCAAUGAGUUGAGUCACUGGCCCAUAAUGCCCAGCCUUCCAAUGCUUCAGCAACUUGAUCUGUCCAACAACAACAUAAAGACAGUUGGGCAGAAUGCCUUUGAUGACCUCAACGCCGAUGUCCUUAUAUGGCUAAAUCUUGCCAGCAACCCUCUGGGCUGCACCUGUAACCUGUAUUACUCGCUGGAUUAUGACCGCACUGCUGUCACUGGUGGCAAAUGUGCGACACCAGAGGAGGCAGCUGGAGUGUUGUUCUCAUACUUCAGUCAGUCGUCCGAUAUGUACUUCACCAAUGUACCCCGUCGGCUGUUCCAGUGUGCACCAUAUAAUGUGACGGCAACUCCCCCACACCUUUGGCAGAUCUUCGUCAGCUGGACGGAACCGUUUGAAGUGUUUCCCAGCAUAAAUGCCACAAAUUCAACAGAUGACUCCACGGAUGAAGAAUGGAUGUAUGGUGUGACCUGUACCAGUAACGCGGCACCUCUGCUGUAUUACAACACUACCUCCGUCAGCCAUCUCUUCACUGCUGGUGAUGGGGUGCAGGUUGGCACGGAUUAUAUCUGUCAUGUGACCCUGACUGUGGGAAACUACACGGGUGCACCUGAUGAAUAUGUCCCAGUCACCACACUAGAGAAUGUCGCUGAAACAAAUUUUACUGAGGCAACAGCUCAAGACAUCAAGCUGGCUAUUGUCUACUAUGACUUCAGCUCUGGAAAUUCGGACUUCACCCCAGUUGGAAAAGAUGUCAUCAGCCAACCAACAUAUGUGGUCUCACCCUAUGGGGCCUGGCUGGCCAUAUCAGACAACCCCACUGGUGACGCCUUCUCCGGCUGGUUUCGUAACAACCCAGGCGUGAACUACGCCAUUGAUACGGAGCUGGUGUUGAAGUGGCUCAACUCAUCAGGUGUUGUCGACCCCGUCAACAGGUAUUGGUCAGAGGCUUUCUACCCAGUGGAUGGUCUUGGCUUUGCUGCUGAGGGACAAAGGGACUGCAGCUUCAUUCUCCACAACUUUGGUUUCACGAGUGCCAUAAGAACUGGGAUCAUGUUCAAUGAGACUGAGGUCAUAACGGUUGGUGGCGGGGAUGAAAUCUGGGUGUACGUCAACAAGGUCCUCGUAUUGGAAGUCCACGGUGACUCUUCAGGCAAUCCUGUCAGGUGUAAGAGCAUUGCACUGGCAUUAGCAGCUGAUCAAGGUGGGAACUAUUUAACUCCAGAGGAGGGAACAGUUGUUGACGGAGAAUGCGUCAUCACCAAUUCCAUUCCUGAAGAACAAGUACUUCUUGAAAUGGAGGUUGGUGAGUCUUACCACUUUGACCUCUUCCACACCGAGCGGAAUCCUUGCUCCUCUGAGUUCUUCCUGGAGGUUCAAGGUAUCAAGUUCCUUCCUCUGAACCCAGAUAACCCUCCAGUUGACUAUGCUGUCACUGUGGAUGAGGACCUACACCUCAGUGCCAUCCUGGAAUCAGUCUGGGUGGCAGAUGCCUUCUCUGCCGGACCAAACUUUCAAGUCACCAUCACAAGUGGCAAUGAAGCAAGACACUUCACCCUCAAAAACAACACCAAAGAAAAUGUAGCAGAUGGUGAGGCCCCUACUGCUGGUCCACCAUCAUUUAGUGAUACGGUGAAUGGUACAGACUUCAUCACUUGUGACUCCGAAUCAGAGAAAGUGCCGGAGCGAAAUGAAACUGCAGAGCAAACAUUUAAUGUCAAUACGGACAAGGCCUUGAUAACACUUGCAACUGAGCUUGAUUAUGAAGUUGCUUCAUGGUACUUCCUGAAGAUCAGUGUAGUUGAUCUCAAUGCCAGCCCACCGCAUGAAGGCAUGCUGACCGUUGAGAUUACUGUGACUGAUGUGAACGACAACUGCCCUGUGGUGUCCAAGAACAGCCUUGUCUUCUUCCCAUUGCCCGUUCUGCAGCAGGAACCCCUGGCCGAGGUGCUAGUGACUGAUGCGGACAGCGGGGCCAACAGUCAGAUCACCUAUCACACCUCAGCAGUCACAGAGAUACCAAUCAUCAACGACACCUUCUCAGUACUUCAGCUGACAAUCGUAGCCAUUGAUGAUGGCACUCCAGCUCGCGGCACAGUCGUCAACGUCACCGUGACCAUCAGCAACACCUGUCUCUAUGAUGCUAUCAGUGAGCCAGUUGAAGUCAAAGUCUACAUUGAUGUCCUGACAGGUGGCCUGUACCUUAGGGUGCCCAAAUACUACGUCUUUGUUUAUGAUUGUAGAGAUGCCCUCGGAAUGCAGACAGGCGUUAUUCAAGACAGAAUGGUAUCAGCGUCAUCAUUUUAUGACAGUGCGCACACACCAAACAGAGCAAGGCUCCAUGCUAAUGCCAGCACAGAUGGUGAAUUUGGGUCAGGCUGGAUAGCAGAAACCACUGACACGAACCAGUGGCUGCAGGUCGACAUGGAUCUGGUUACUAUCUUCUCUGGUGUCAGGACUCAGGGUGUUGGGGAUGCAGAAGUCUGGAUUGAGACUUACUAUGUGGCAUACUCCAAUGAUACCAGCACAUGGUAUAGGAUACAGGAUAAAGAUGGCAAUGACCAGCUCUUCACUGGUAACAUAGACCAGGAUGCUGUCUCCAGUGUGUACUUUAAUGAAGUCUAUGCUCAGUAUAUCCGCAUUCUGCCCCAAUCAUGGCACAGCAAGAUAGGGCUGAGGCUAGAAAUUGUUGGUUGUACCACAGAGAGACGGCUACGACACUUGACCCAGUGUGAGCGCUGUCUAACCACCAACUACUGCAUAGGGGACGGUUUACAGCGCCCCUGUGGUCGCUGUGAUCCUCCGUUGGACUCGUGCGACCGGUCACCAACAGAGCAUUCCUUUGGCCAUGCCUUAGAAUGUGUACCUUGCCCUAUUGGAUGGUUGUGCAAAGAUGGUUAUGCUACACCAUGCCCAAAGUAUCAUCAUGGCCGCUGCAAUGAAACACACUGCCCAGAGGCCUGUGCUCUGUGUGACCCAGGCACAGCUUGCUUUAGGGGGAUACAGUCCAUCUGCCCCCAAGGCUACUUCUCACAAGGAUUUGAUUCAGAGUUCUGCCAGCCCUGCCAGCCGGGCACAUUCAAUAACUUAACUGGGCAGUCGAUCUGUGAGAAGUGCCCUGCAGGAUACCAGAGCACACAGGGUAAGAGUUCCUGCGCACCAUGCCACAUCACAGCAUGGUCGGCUGGAGACGGGAGGCCUUGCAAGUCAUGCUCCAGUCAGGCUGAAUGUCCCUGUAUGACAGAGUUUAGCCCUUGUGCUGAAGAUGUACUAUGCAUCAAUCAGGGAGCAGGGAAAUAUAUCUGUGGUGGGUGUCCGGCUGGCUUCUCUCAGGUUGGAGAUGGAUGUGCAGAUAUUAAUGAGUGUGCCAUCGCAGACCCUUGCAACUUCACCUGCAUCAACUUGUCACCAGGCUAUGAAUGCAGUGCAUGUAAACCUGGCUAUGCCGGCAAUACACCUCAUGGUAUAGGAGUGGAUCAUGCAUUGGCUAACCCCCAGGUGUGUAAAGAUAUUGACGAAUGUGCCAUCGACAAUGGCGGAUGUGAUCCCAAUUCUGAGUGUGUGAACACUGAGGGAAGUUACCAUUGUGGUUUCUGCCUACCUGGUUACCUAGGAGACGGUAAGACUGGUUGCCUCCCUGGCGACUAUUGCCUCACGGGCAAAAACAACUGCCAUGAGAAUGCUACAUGCAUCUCCACAGGAGCUGGUACUUAUGUCUGCGAGUGCAACAACGGCUGGGCGGGCAAUGGAGUCUAUUGCGGCAUUGACACCGAUCUCGAUGGUCGGCCAGAGAUGACACUUCUCUGCAGCGAUCUGGCAUGUAAAGCAGACAACUGUCCCCAACAUCCCAACAGUGGGCAGGAAGAUGCAGAUGAUGAUCAUAUUGGCGAUAUCUGUGACGAUGACGACGAUAAUGAUAGUAUCUUUGAUGCCAAGGAUAACUGCCAGUACACAGCUAAUUAUUUCCAAGAAGACACAGAGGGUGACGGCAUUGGUGAUGCGUGUGAUAAUUGCCUCAGCGAUAACAACCCAGACCAGGCUGACACGGAUAGUGAUGGGCUUGGUGAUGCAUGUGACCCAGACACUGACAAUGAUGGAGUGCUUAAUGCUGCCGAUAACUGUCCACUUGUUCCCAACACAAGUCAGGAGGACUCAGAGACACCAACCGGAGAUGGUGUGGGUGACGCAUGUGAUAACUGCCCUGCUGUGUCUAACACAGCACAGACUGAUACGGACCAGAACGGAUAUGGUGAUGCUUGUGAUGUCGUCGGUGGCACAAACAAAGACAUGGAUGGUGAUGGUAUUCUCAAUAUAGACGACAACUGUAUCAGCAUUCCUAAUGCAGAUCAGACGGACAAUGAUGCUGAUGUUGUUGGUGAUCUGUGUGACAGUGACAAAGAUGGUGAUGGCAUCUUGGAUGACGAUGACAAUUGUCCUUAUGUUUCAAACAGUGGACAGGAAGACACAAAUGGUAAUAAGUUGGGAGAUGCAUGUGAAACAGACUACGAUGGUGACGGCACAGUUGACAGCGAUGACAUCUGCCCCAACAGCAACAAGUAUCAAGUUACAGAUUUCUCACGAGGCUUCAUCUCGGUGGAGUUACACUCUGGACUCAUCAACGGCACCAGUCCAGUCUGGGUUGUUACCGAUAAGGGGAAAGAGAUUCGUGACAUCAGCAACACCAUCAUGCCAUCCAUGUUGAUUGGUCAGGCAACACUGGCAGCAGUAGAUUACAGCGGGACCAUGUUUGUCAACACCGAUGAGGGAAGUAAUUACAUCGGCUUUGUCUUUGGUUACCAGAGCAACCGGAAAUUCUAUGUGGUGAUGUGGCGACAUGAUAACAUGAACAAUCCCAGAAACAAGGGCGGUAUCAGGGGAAUACAGAUUAAGAAAGUGAACUCUGCCAGUGGGCCUGGCCAAUCAUUGGCAGAUGCCCUGUACCACUCCUACACCACCGCCAAUCAGGUUGAGCUGCUUUGGCAGGAUCCAUUUUUGCAGGGGUGGCAGCACCGAACUUCGUACAAGUGGUUCCUGACACAUAGGCCAGAUAUUGGAUUAAUCAGAGUUGUCAUCAAGGUGGGAGAGGAGACUUUGACUGACUCUGGAGACAUCUAUGAUGCCACUUACCUUGGUGGUCGACUUGGGGUGUUUGUCUAUGAUCAGAAGGAUGUCAUAUGGUCACGACUUAGCUACAAGUGUGCUGAAAGGGUCAAUCAGGCACUGGAGUUUGAUGGCGUUGAUGAUUACGUCAUCCUUCCUAGCCUAGAAACCUUGCAACUUACCUCGAGUUUCACCCUGGAAGCAUGGGUGCACCUUCCUUCAAGUUACCCCUUGGUCACCAUGCCCGUCGUGUGCACUCUCGAUCGAAGACUUUGCAUGUUCAUAGAAAAUGGGUACCUGAGGGGCAGAGUAGGUGAUCAAAUUGUUGUUGGCAAUACAGUUCUACCCAACUCCACCUGGACACACCUGGCAAUGAGAUUUGACGCCCAAAAUAGACACUUGACUGUGUUCAUCAAUGGAAAUGCUGGAACCACACAAGCCAACAUUGGAACCCCUGAAUGGGAUGUUAGUGCCCAAGUGCAUAUUGGUAGAAAUGAAGACUAUUUCUUUAGCGGAACAAUGGAUGAGGUGCGUAUAUGGGGUGUAAGUCUCUCUGAUGCUGAGAUUGAGGAGCACAUGCAGCUAGCUAGCCUGGAACGACAGAAACACAAAGAUCUGCUGGACGCACACUAUAAUAUGGACAAUGAGGAACAAGGAUCCACUAUGCUUCUGGACCAGGGCCUGUAUGCGCACCAUGGUCUGAUAGUAGGGAGCCCUGUCUUCACUCCAAGCUUUGUUGACCAGGGUCGCUUCCAGGUCACAUACCCAGAGAACCGACGCAGACGGCGAAGUGUUAGAAAUCACUACAUGGAAAAGCACGCUGAGCUGUAGAUUAGUACACAGUAUUAUUUUGGCUGUUAUAUUUUCAAGCCAAAGCACGAAGGAAACUAUUUGUUUGGUCUGUUCUCUGAAAAGCUUUUGAAGCCUUUGAGUUGAGACAUUGAUUUCUAUUUUCACUUUUGAUGGUUUUCUGGUGAGAGUGGUUGACAGCCUCGGCAAAUUUCACUAAGCCUUUUGCGAAGUAAUUUUAAUAAAAUCUGGUACACUGAAUUCUUAAAAUUUGUGUGAACAUAACAGUUUGAAUUCUCCUAA